AUGUAAAAAUGAGCUGAAGAGAAAACAUGCAGAGAAUUUUUUAAUCGGCGAUUUGACACAUGGAAUGUUUUUAAGUGAAAAAAGUACGUUUUUUGCUGGUAAAUUGAAUACUUAGGAGUCUAUUCAAUGAAAAUUCGUCACCUGAAAGUAGUUGGAGUAGCUAAGCAAUAAAUUUAAGUGUUACUAGUGCCAACACUAUUCCUAAGUAAUUUCCAGUAAUGGAAAUCGCUGGUGAUGUCAUGGUUUUGGGAGCUGAACUUGCUCACGCAGUCGAGGUGAUAAUGAAUCCACUAACAACGCAUCAGUCUCGUAGAGAGGCUGAAGCAGCUUGCGACAAAUUCAAAGAACUAUCACCACUGUGCGCCCAAGCUGGAUUAUAUUUGGCUAGCGGUCCGUUUAACCCAAUUGUGCGUCAUUUCGGAUUACAGUUGAUGGAACACACCGUCAAAUUUAAAUGGAAUCAAAUAUCACAGCAAGAGAAACUGUUCAUCAAGGAAAAUACGAUGAAACUGCUGUCGAUUGGUGUUGGACCCGCAGAAGAUAUAAGCUUAACGCACAUUAAGAAUGCACUGUCACGGAUCGUCGUCGAAAUGAUCAAACGUGAAUGGCCGCAACAAUGGACGACAUUGUUGAAUGAACUGUCGGAUGCUUGUUUGAAAGGCGAGGCACAAACGGAAUUGGUACUUUUGAUAUUUCUACGAUUAGUCGAGGAUGUGGCGCUGUUACAUACCAUAGAAUCCAAUCAGAGGCGUAAAGAUAUCUACCAGGCGCUGACCGUUAAUAUGAGCGAAAUUUUUGAUUUUUUCUUGCGGCUAAUCGAACAACAUGUCAACUCGUUUCGCAAUGCCAUUGUUACGAACAGCAAUCAACAGGCACAUAGUCGGGUUGUACAGGUCGUUUUAGAAACACUGACUGGUUUCGUCGAGUGGGUUUCCAUUGUUCAUAUAAUGGCCCGCGAUGGAACACUACUGCAAAUGCUAUGCGUACUGUUGAAUGACAUUCAAUUUCAACACCAUGCGGCAGAGUGCUUAUCGCAGAUAGUGAAUCGAAAGGGCCAAACGAAAGACCGGAAGCCGUUGCUAUUUUUGUUCAACGAUGAUGCGAUUGAAUACAUCUAUCGAGCGGCUAGUGAAACCCAUGGAGCGAACGGUGAACAAAAUUAUUUGUUUUUGAAGAAAUUGAUCAAUGUUCUUACCGGCUUGGGAACUCAGUUGACCACUUUGUGGGGCAAAGAAGAACUUAUUCCACCCAAUCAGCUGGCAAAAUUCUUGAAAACAUUAUUCCAUCUCUCGCAACACCCAAGUUUGACUUUAGCAAAUGGCGCUGCCUGCAUAUGGUCAAGUCUACUGAAACAUGAUCAGAUAUCGAAAGAGCAAGUUUUCCUUGAAUACAUUCCAAAGAUAAUCGAAGCAUUUGGCCCGAAGGUGAUCAAGAUUCCUUAUCCGACAACUAGAGCAGUCACAAUGAUAAACCAGGUGGAAACGUACAUUAGUUUGGACUAUGAUAGCGAAGAGGAAUUCACAGUCUUUUUCUAUCGUUGUCGGACAAAUAUUUUAGAAAUCUUCAGAUUAGCCACACUCAUAGCUCCACUAGUUACAUUCGGUUAUUGCGAACAUUGGCUCUCCAUUCGUCUACAAAAAUCAACGACUGAAAUCAGUACGACGUGUCGUGUUCAAGAUCCAGUUUACAUUGAGUGGGACGCCUUGGUUACCGUUCUCGAUGGAGUUCUCAGUAGAAUUUUAAUGGUUACCGAACGACCGCCCGUUUCCACUGGACUUCGACUAUUGGAAGAAUGUUUACGAGUGGAAUCUCACGAUCCUCUCAUUGUUUCCGUCAUUCUGUCAUGCAUUUCUUCGCUGUUCGUUUUCCUGAGCAUGUCAUCGUGUCAAAUAACCGCCGGCAAUUGUGUAGCUAUGACCGGAGUGACAUUACUGCCACGCGUUCUCGAAAAAAUAUUUGGAGCGCUCGUCACACAAGUCAAUAAUCCCAGUCAAACCGUUGCCAUUAAAAAUUUGCGACGUCAUUCGGCAUCGUUAAUGGUUAAGCUGGGCAUCAAGUAUCCGCUGCUUUUGCUGCCAGUUUUCGAUCAAAUCAACUCAUCAGUGAAGGCCCUGUUCCGACAACCGGAUCAGUUACGAAAAAUGGAGAAAAUCAUGUUGGAAGAAGCGCUGCUGAUCAUUUCGAAUCAUUUCUGUGACUACGAACGCCAAACCAAUUUCGUUGCAGAAAUUCUACAGGAAAGUCAGAUCAAGUGGAACAGCUUGGCGAAUGUAAUCAAAACCGGUAGCGACUUUGUACGUUUCGCCGGUUUGGAUAAGGAACCAAUCGAGGAGGAUCCAUUUUUGAAAUCACGGCAGGAUUUGAAUCAUGCGGUGAAUUCUGUGCUGGGUGUAAUUAGACGUUGCUCUUGGCCAGACGAUCCCGAUCGAGCGUCUCGUGGUGGAUUCGUUGUUGGGCUCACCGAAUCGGGAAAUCCAAUCUGUCGAAAUCCUGCUACAGCUCACGUUGUACCGCUGUUACCUCACAUUUUAUCACUGUUGCGCGUACUAAACGAAUGUUUUAGUCCGGACGCACUGGCAAUACUCUCGAACGGCUAUAAAAAUGUUUACGAUAUGGUGGAGCAUGAAAAGAAAGCCUUGAUGGGUGUUACAUUGAUGGUGGUCGAUCCAAUGGAUCCGGAACUGAAAAAAGCUAGUACGCCGUUCGAAAAGAUGCAAAAUCAUUUAACAAUUUUGUACGAGAGCUGCUAUCACAUGAUGGGCUCGGCAGGUCCGUCAUUGGGAAGGGACUUGUAUCAAUUGCCCGGCAUAGCGAAUGCGUUAAUUGGAAGCGUUUUCUCAUGCUUAGAUAAGAUUCCCGACUAUAGACUGAGACCGAUAAUUCGAGUGUUUUUGAAGCCAUUCGUUUAUUCAUGUCCACCUGCAUUCUACGUUGAUGUACUGCUGCCAAUAUUUGCUCAUUUGGCACCAUUUAUGCUAAAUCGACUGACGGCAAAAUGGCAAUACAUCACCGCAUUGUACGAAUCGGGUGAAUUAGGCGAAGACGUCAACGACACUCAAGAGGUUUUCGAAGAUAUUCUAAAUCGAACGCUGACCCGCGAAUACUUGGACGUAUUGAAAGUGACGCUCGUUGGAGGUACGUUAACCGACCGUGAUGGCAGAUCAAAUAAUGACGCUAUGGACCAUGAUGAUAAUUCGAUGGACGCACCUGCGCACGGUGUUACACGAGCGUCACAAUCGGCUAUGGCUGUAGAAGUAAUCAGUGAAUUGGGUGGUAAAAUGCUACGUCACCAUUUGACUAGUACCCCCUUAGUGCUUACCAUUUUGAGUGGUGUGUACUGGAACGACAGUACGGUUAGUUUAAAGGCAGUCUUAUUAACUGGUCCAAUUGUUCGAUUUUUGGCUGGCGAAAAUCUGCUUACUCCAUCAUUGGCAUCUAAUGUGAUGAUCGCCGUUCUGCAAGGCUUACAAAGCCACGGUCAACACGAUUCGAAUCAGUCGAUACUCAUAACCCUCGGUGUACAAGUCUAUGAGAUUUUAAGACCGAGGUUUCCACACAUUCUGGACAUUCUUCAACAAAUCCCCCAGAUGCCGAAUACGAUUGUAGCGGACAUUCAAAAAUUGGAUGAGAAAAUUUCAUUAGGAGCAACUAGAGGCAACAAGAUUGACAAAGCUAAAAAGGAUUUGUUUAAAAAGAUAACAGCUCCGCUAAUCGGCAAAAAUUUAGGUCAACUAUUUCGUAAGGAAAUAAAAAUUGAGAAUUUACCGCCAAUGAGUUUUGGAACUCGGAAGCCCUAUCAUAAUAUUAUGGAUGGUAAAGAUGAUACUGGUAUUGCGAAAAUCUUUUCAACCAACAGCUAGCUUUGAUCAAUGAAUUGUUAUGAGUGGAAAUUUAAAUAAUGUAGACUUAUUUUAGCAAUUAAAACAUUUUAUUUUUUCGUUUUUUUUUUAAGACAUGUUUUAAAGCUAUUAUUCGAAUUGUAUUUAAACACAUGAAAAAAUCUGUACCUAAAUAAACUUCGAAUUUCAAAAAAAAA